AUGAGACUCUUCUCGCUCCUACCACCAGCGCUCCUCGUAGCGGCCGCCUACGCCAGCGAGGACACCUCCUCCUCCCCAGCAGCCGACGAACCCACGCCCGUAGGCGCCCUCUGGACCGCCCAGUGGGACGCCACAACCCUCUCACCCUACACACAGCACUGCCACUCCAAAAACACCUACAACGCCAAAAUCUACAAACUCAACGAACUCUACCCCGACCUAAAAGACGCCGCCCCCCAACUAAAAGUUUUCUACAACAAGCAACUCUACGCGGGGUCUUGGGGCGGCAUCGACGUGCACGGCACCGGCCGCGAACUCAUACAGAUGAACAUGGCAGACAUGCCGUAUAAAUGUGCAGGAUGA